CAGAUUUCAAAGUGCGUGGGUGAGCGUGUGUGUGUGUGAGUGAGUGCGUGUGAGUGAGUUGCGUGUGUGUGUGUGUGAGUGAGUGACGGUGCCUGAGUGAGUGACGGUGCCUGAGAGUUUGUUGCGCGCCUGGAAUCGUCCGCAGCUCGGGCGCUGUCACCGCUUCGCACCGCGGCCACUGCUCCGUGUUCGCUUCAUGCAAGUUCCCGUCGCGGCUCCACACCCGUCCGCCAGCGAUGACUGAGAGCCCCGCCGCCAAGCCGGCCGCCGGGGAAGGGUGUCAGCGGGCGAAGAACGGACUGAAGCCGGAGAGGAACGGCUUUGUGAGGAGCCUCCGCCGCUGCCACGAGCGCCAGCAGAAGCGCCACUGCCACCCCGAGGAGGAGGAGGUGAGGCCCGGGAUGGGACGGGGAGGACAGGCUGCUGGAGCCGGGGAAGCAUCCACGGUCCGCACAUCCUCCCAUGAUGGCAGCCUGUACAAUCAGCCCUUUAUUGAGACGUUUGAGGAGACGCCCAUGCUGGUGGCGGUGUUCACCUACAUGGGCUACGGCAUCCUGACCAUCUUCGGUUACCUCCGCGACUUCCUCCGUCACUGGAAGAUCGAGAAGUGCAACGUCGCCAGCGAGAGGGAGGAGCAAAAGGACUUCGUGCCCCUCUACCAGGAUUUUGAGAACUUCUACACCAGGAACCUCUACAUGCGGAUCAGAGACAACUGUAACAGGCCCAUAUGCAGUGCCCCUGGGGCCAAAAUGGACCUGAUGGAAAGAACGUCCAGAGACUACAACUGGACGUUUGAGUACACAGGUCGGUCAUUCCCGGAUGUGAUUAACUUGGGCUCAUAUAAUUACCUGGGCUUUGCUGAGAACACAGGUCCGUGUGUUGACUCUGCGGCAGAAGUCACCAUGAAGUACGGCGUCGGAGUUGCAAGCACCAGGCAGGAGAUUGGCAACCUGGACUGUCACGAGGAGAUGGAGAAGUUGAUGGCGGAGUUCCUUGGGGUGGAGUCAGCUAUGGUGUUUGGGAUGGGGUUCGCGACCAACUCCAUGAACAUACCAGCGCUGGUUGGCAAGGGCUGUCUGAUCCUGAGUGAUGAACUGAACCAUGCGUCACUGGUCCUGGGAGCCAGACUCUCUGGGUCCACCAUCAGAGUCUUCAAACACAACAAUAUGCAGAAGCUUGAGAAACUGCUGAGAGAAGCCAUAGUUCACGGGCAGCCCAGGACUCACAGACCAUGGAAGAAGAUCCUCAUAGUGGUGGAGGGCAUUUUCAGCAUGGAAGGCAGUAUAGUCCGCCUGCCGGAGGUGAUCGCCCUCAAGAAGCGCUACAAUGCUUACCUUUACGUCGACGAAGCACACAGCAUCGGGGCCCUGGGGCUGAGAGGGAGAGGUGUGGUCGACUACUUUGGCCUAGAUCCCUGUGACGUGGAUGUCAUGAUGGGCACAUUUACCAAGAGCUUUGGUGCUGCAGGGGGAUACAUUGCAGGGAAACGGGAUCUUAUUGAGUACCUGCGCUCCCAUUCCCACAGUGCAGUCUACGCCGCCUCCAUGUCUCCCCCUGUGGCGGAGCAAAUCAUCACUUCUAUGAAGUGCAUUAUGGGAGAGGAUGGCACAACAGUCGGCUGUGAACGUGUUCGGCAGCUGGCAGAAAACACGGUCUAUUUCCGCGAGAGGCUUCAGAAAAUGGGCUUCAUCAUCUACGGCAACGUCGACUCUCCCGUCAUACCCAUGAUGCUCUACAUGCCUGCCAAGAUAGGAGCGUUUGGGAGGGAGAUGCUGAAGAGGAACAUCGGGGUGGUGGUCGUGGGCUUCCCAGCCACGCCCAUCAUUGAGUCCCGGGCACGCUUCUGCAUCUCAGCCGCCCACACAAGAGAGAUACUGGACAGGGCUCUGGGUGUCAUCAACGAGGUAGGAGACCUGCUCCAGCUCAAGUACUCCCGGCACAAAAUACAGCCUUCGUUGGAGCGGCCUUUUGACGACAACAUGUACCAGGACAUUGAUGACUGACUCCCCUCCUGAAAUGGCCUGGGCCUCUGCAGCCCCAGAAAAUACAGAACGGGUCGAGACAGAUCCCAAGUCUUCCACAAGGAGCGAGAUGUGCACAGGUGCCCCUUGUCACUAGCUUGCCAUAACGUACCCCUCCCCACCCCAACAAGAGGGAAAACAUUUAGAACUAAUUCUACUUUGCCUUACCUAAACAUGCGAACCCUGUGGAAAACUCACUGAAAAACUGCACCUCUGCUUUUGUUUGUGAACUUUUUAUUUCUCUUUUAUAAGUGUGCAUCUAAGAAUUUUUUUCAGGGGGGUGGUAUAUGUGUGUUUGUGUGUGUGUGUGUUUGCAGUGCCUGUAUCAUUCGUCACGUUAAACCUUAAGGCCAUGUAUGUGAAGUGGACAGAUGUGAGCUUUCCAGAUGUGGAUAUUGUUCCUAUUGUUCCUAAAUUAAAAUUACAUACAAGUCCCUGCUCCUUCAGCGCCACUGACAAAGUUAGAGUCUGUUUGUUGGAACAUAAAAUGACACAUCACUUUCCAUCCAUGUCUGGAAUUCCUGACAAUUUAUGUUGUAUACAAAAACAAUUGCCAAAUAUUAGGUGCUGAACAGAAGAUGACUUCAAAUUAAUAGUUUUUGGAAUACAAACCUUUCAGGAAAAAGACAUAUCUACUUUCUUCCCAAAAGUUCAAAAAUCAAUACUCUCAAGCUUUUACAGUUGAAAUGAAGCUUGAGCCUUUCAAUUGUAAUUUUUACCUUUUUUGUUUUUCUAACAAACACACAAAACUUCUAACAUGUCAAAAUGUGCAGUAGAUUGAACCAAAAUCAGCUGCACAUGGUGUCAUCCAUUACAAACCCUCGUCAAAUAGGUCUGAUUCCAUUCUAAAUGGAAAAAGCUAAACACUGACAAAUCCACAGUCACUGUUCCAAACAUUAAGUGUCUUUUGUCACCUUCAAGUUAGAAAUAUUGAUCAUUGUGUUGCAUCGUCACUGACAGUUUAACUAAGAAUAAUAAUAAUCACAUUUUGUGGGUUCAUUAAACAGAAUUACAGUUUAUAUUUAUCCAAAUUUAUAUCAUUUAGUUACAGUAAGGUUUUUAUUUUGCUCUCAGUGGUUACACUUUAAAAAUUAGUUUUUUUUUAUUGACCAAGAAAAAUACCAGUUUUCAUAAAGGAUCAACUAACAGAGUAAAACUGUUAUUCAGACCCGUAGUCAACUGCUGCCCUU